UAUAUUGGAAUAUUAGUCAGCGACAAUUUGCUGUUCGAGUAGCACAAAAUUAUUUGUUGUCUAUAAAUAUUUUAGACGAAUUUAUUUUUAAUGAUUUGGAUGAUAAGACUUUGAAUCUAAUUUUUAAAAGACAAUAUUAUAAUCAACGAAGAUGACAUUUGAUUCUGCUGAUCAAGAGAGACUUGAUUUAUUAAAAUCUAAAAUUGGAGAGUACCCAAAUUUUCCACGUGAUGGUAUUCUUUUUAAAGAUAUUUUUACGGCGUUUCGAGAUGGGAAGGUCUGUGUUGCAACAAAACACUUAAUGUUAAACUAUAUACGUAAAAAUCAUCCAUCUGUUGAAGUCGUUGUCGGUCUAGACGCUCGAGGAUUCUUAUUCAGUUUUAUGAUAGCAUCUGAAUUAGAAAUUGGGUGUGUUCCAGUGAGGAAGAAGGGUAAAUUACCCGGUGAGACAACAAAAGUUGAAUAUGCUCUUGAGUACGGAACAGACGUGUUUGAACUUCAAACUGACUCAAUUAAGGCCGGACAAAAGGUGAUAAUCGUUGAUGAUUUAUUAGCAACCGGCGGCUCUCUCAAAGCAGCAACUGAACUUGUAAGGAAGGCAGGAGGAGUUGUUCAAGAAUGCAUUGUUGUCUUGGAAUUACAAGGUCUGAAUGGACGAAAGAAUCUUGACGUGCCGGUUUUCUCUUUCAUCCAAUAUGAUGACGAAUAAUAAAAAAUUGUUAAGAAUGCUUCAGUUGCACUUUGCAAACUAAAUCGCACCAUUCCAAAUGUUGUUUUUAAAUUUUUAACUAUAUUGUUACAACUACUACUACUUUUUAUCGGAUUCAAUUGUGUUUGUAGCUUUGUGUAAAUAGUCGACGAGACCGACUGAGUAAUAAAAUGUAGCGAAAAAAAAAACUCGUUUUCUUUCUUUUUCUUCUUUU